AUGAAUGAUUGGUGUGAACAAGGUAAAUUAAAGAAUUGCAGUGUUAUUUUUACUAAAAAUAUUGUACUUUAUAAUAAUAUUAUUUAAUUUCUGUAACAAUUCAACUGUACACAUUUUUGUUUUGUUAUACAGUCGAUAUGAAAUGCAUGGGUAUGAAACUAAGAAAUACUAUCUGUAUAUUAUAAUAUUAUUGUAUAUUUGUAUGCACAACUAUAUUGUAUUAACGGCUUUUAAUAAAUCCUAGUGUGAUGUUUAUUUGUUCCGAAUAAGUAAACAAAUUCAAUAAUCUAGUUUGUUAGUUCGGUUCAUCAGUUAAGAUGUAUCUAUUCGUAACUAUUUGUUCGUCUAACCUAGCCAGAAUAAUAGAAAGAUACAUAAUUCAUAUAUCGACUGGUAAUAGGAAAACGGGAUUAAGUGACAUUUUUUACUACUUUUCAGGAGAAUAAAAACAAAAUUUACAUAUUACAUUAAUAAUUUAAAUUAGGGUAUAAGCGCCAUACAUAAAAAAAAAGCUGUUUUACGAUAAUGGGGACGGGUGCAGCCACUGCUGUAGGUGGUCAGUUAGAAAAGUAGGAUACAGACAGAUAUUUAAUGUAUAUCUGUAAGUAUGACGAUUAAUCAUUACCAACAAAAAAACGAUUCUGAGCGAAUUUUGGUUGAUAGUGGUUCUUUGUCAAAAAUAUAUAUGUCAUAUUAUAGUAAAAUAAUUACAUAUGAAUUAAACAUUUUCUUAGUAAUAUUUAUUUAAUUUUGUACCUAUUUUCUCGUUUUUUCACGGUUUUUCUAAUUUAUUGGAAAACUCCUGCAGGCAAAAUCAAUAAAUUACAUUCUUAAAAUACCUCCCCAGUCAGAUUUCUUUUUAGAAAAAGUGUUAUUAUUGUAAAUCUGAUAAAAACUUCUGUUAAAAAAAUUGGAACCUACGCGUUGUGUUUAUUAAAUAUAGAAUCUAAAAAAAAAAAAAAUGUUUUUGCUCUCGAUUUUUGCUCUCAAGUGUUAAAUGUCGUAACAUAAAUUAUCUAGGUAAUGCGCGAGACGGCAUCGUCCGUCUUUCGGAAUGGAAACGCCUGGUAAAAGUUUAGUAGAAGCAAUUUUGGUUUAAAUACAACAUGAAAAUAAACUUGUGACUGAAUUACAAGCGAACAAUGCAAAAUUACAGAGCAAAUUAUUAAAUCUUCAAGUGAGUUACAUUAAUAAUCCUAAUAAAAAUAAAAACCAAAACAAUAUGGCGACAGGUGAAAACCCGGGUUUCAAUUCAGGUGUUAAGCCCUAUAAAAAUAAAGGUACAAGCGACCGGAAAUAUUAAUAAAACAAUUUCUAAAAUAUAUAAGCCACCAUCAAUUACAGCCUGUUGUGUCAAAAACAUACAAAACAUAGUUAGUAGACUAACUUGUAAACAAGUUCGUGGCCAUGAACAUCAACUAAAAAAUAUCGCUAAUGGUAAUAUAAAAAUUCUGACGGAGGAUAAACACCAAUUUAAACGUACUCUAAAAAACAAAAUUGAUUAUUAUAGAAUUCAGUAAAAGGGGAAAACAAAUUUCGUAUUGUCAUUCUUGGAUUACACUCAGAAACGGAAAUAUGUAAAAUUAAAAAAAAUCUAGCGGAUACUCUGCAAGUGAUGUGUUGAAUAUUCAGAUUAAAAAAAAAUCAAAUCCAAAAGAUAAAAAUAUGAAUGGACAACGAUAAAAGUACCCUUGUUUUUUGUGGAUUUGACUUUACAAGAAAAUAAUAAGAACAUCUAUAAUAAACAUAGGCUAUAUUAUCAUAAAGUCAAAAUAUAACCUCCAAGGAAGAAAAAAGUUUUGUCACAGUGCAAAAACUGUCAGGCCCAAAGGCCUACACAAACUUACUGAAACAAAAAGUCUUUAUGCGUGAAAUGCAACAAACAGUACUAGACAUAAGAUUGCCAAAAGCCUAGAAAAUCAAAAGUUAAAUGGUGAAUCACAUACCGCCAACUGGAAGGGAAGCUCUGCCUCGGUUUGUCAUCGGGGGGAGGGGGGGGGUAAUAGACAUUAAUUUGGGAAAAAAAUUAUAUUUUUAUUUUUAUCCUCUAAACAUAAAAAUUAAAUUAAAUAAAAAAGGCAACAAAAAAGGUAUCUUGUGAUCAUUUUUUCAGGUAGAAAAUGUCAUCCGUGUUUUUAUAAAAUAAUAAAAUCGUGAAAUUGUAUAUUUUCUUACGUUUAUUCUCACUUAAGUACUUUUAUUUAAAAAACGGCGCCAAAAAUCAAAAAAUUACCUGUAUAACAGUAAAAGUACAAUAUAACAGUUGCUACACGUAAAAAUCGGAGCAAGUUUACUAGGAAAAUACGUGUCUGCAGACUAGAAUAAAGAAAAAAUAAAAAAAAAUUAGCAUUGUAAAACUAAUAGCUCCCUCGCUUCGCUAAGAACCUAAAGAAUAAAGUAUUGUACACAAGUGUUACAUAUUAUAGAAUGCAAUUAAUUUAUAGUUAGAUAAGUAAUGGUUGUUAAGCGAGCGGCAAAUUUAUUUAGCCUAUAUGCACAAAAAUAUAAUAAUCUUAGACAAUUCGAAAAUCCUUAUUGUAAUCUUUGAUGAUAGUUAAACGAAUAUGGACUUAUGGAAUACAACUAGGUUGUUGUGCCAAUAAGUCCGACAUUGAAAUUAUUCAACGCUGUCAGAACAUCACUCUCCUUACGAUCGUAGCAGCCUAUCGGUAUAACAGAAACAACAUUAUCCACCGUGAUAUGAUAUUACCUCCGUCCAGGAAGAGAUUACCAAACUUGUUCGCAAACAUGAAAUAAGGCUAGAUCAACACAUCAACCCAGAAGUAAUUCAACUACUUAACAAUUAAUUCUCAAGACAUUAGCCGCCUCAAACGCCAAAGACCAUACGAAUUAGUAUACGAUUCUUAAAUUAAGGCCGGGGCUAUUCCAUUGAGAGUGAGACUCCACACACAUGUUUUUUUUUCUUUUUGUAGAUCAAUACAUCAAUAUUCUUGUACACCUUUGUAAUGUAUUUCUAAAUAUUUUUGAUCGUUGUAAUAAAAGCUUUCGGGUAGUUUUAAAAAAUAUAAUAUAUAUUUUUUAUUUCCUAUACCCCUGAAAUACGAGUGGUAGCAAGUCCCUUUCAAUAAAUUAUAAUUUUAUAAAAGAGAUCGUUUAAUAUUAGAUUUUGUCAACAGAAUCGUUAAGAAUGGAAGGAUUCAUAAUAGAAGAGUGUAAGUACAUAGGUAUAUGUUAAGAACAUGUGUAUAUCAAAAAUAAACGUUUGUUGAAUAUAAUUUUUUUUACAAUACUACGAAGUUAUGGAGUUAUAGAUACGUUUUAUUAAUACAAAAUUUAAUAGGUAAUAUACAGCAAUUUAUUGGUAAAAAGCUAAAAUAUGCAAUUGUUAUACUUUAUACAGCAUUAUCAACUUAAAUGCAUUCUGUAAAAUGUCAUGUUUAUAGUUCAUAUUUAUCAAUUAUUUAUUUGUUUAAAUUGUCACAAUCCUGUCGAAGUAUUAAAUAAUAUUUUGCCAUGUAAUUUGGUUUCGUUAUUGCAAUUGAUUAAUUAAUUAAACUCGUAUAUUUUUUUUUAAAGAUGCUAAAAACGACCGAGCAUCCGAUUUCGCUAAACGAUCAAAUUGGGCUUGGGGUAGAUCUUUAAGUAAGUAAUUAUUUAACGUGAUAUUAAUAUCUUAAUAUUAUUAUAUACUAAAAUAUUAUAAAUAUCUAUUUAAUAUUUAUGACCAGUUGAUAUCAAUUGUAAAUAGUGACAAUAUGAUUGUAGCCUAAAUAAAAUGUAUGAUUUUAUAAUCUAUUUAUUGACAUAUAUUAGAUGUAUAAUAUUAUAAAUUAUAAGUUAUAACCAUUAUUAUACUGUUAUUUCGUACAUAUAAAUGGAAAUUAAUAGAUAUUAUGGAGAGUCCUUCAGAUUUCAAGGGUAAGUUGAGUAUUAAUAUUAUCAUAACAGUCAUUAGCAGGGUUGAUUGCUUGGUGGGGAGAGUAUUAAAAAAAGUCGUUAUAGAUUUAGGGUUUCUUUAUUCACAUGAUUUGGUUUUAUAAGAUACGGUAUAACAUUCUCACAGAUGAAAAUUAUAGAAACAAUUAUUGUGUUAAUGAUUUUAGUUGAUUAUUUGAAAGAUUACGUUCAAUAUGUAAAAGGUAAGUUUUUAUUUAAUAAACUAGCCAUUUGAUGGGAGGAAGCUUCCAAUAUUUUCAAAAAUACUAUAAUACUAAUAAUAAAGUAUUUUAAAAACAAUAUUGUUAUUAAACCACAAAAAAAAUUGUACCAUAAUAUUUGUACACAAUAUUAAGGAAUAUUUAACUCCGUAUACUACGAUCAUUUUAUUAAUAAUGCUCUCGAUAAUCUUGUUAUCGGUUACUCUCUACUCUCCUAACUAACGCCCUUUCUUACUUCAAAAAGACUUUUUGCAUAUUUCUACCUGCGAUCUGAUUUCUUGGGGAAUGCUAAGAACGUUAUGUAAUAUCUACAAAUCAUGGCAGAUAAUUACAUUGUGCAGACGUUAGACUAUAUUGAUUCAAUAUGACAAUAAAAAGAUUUUAUAUUGAAUUCAUGUCCAAGUUUUAUUUGACCUAGAAGCCAUGAAAAUAUUGAACAAUAAUUUAAUAAAUAUAUAUUUAUAUAUACGCUAUAUAUUUUAGAUUCUGAGAAGAGCAAAGAAGCUUAUAGUUUUACAAAUAUGUUUAUUUUUUUUAUUAUUUUUUUUUUAAUCUGUGCAUUACUUUUCUACCAGAAAUCCUGCUCCGAUUUUUAAGUGUAGCAUCUUUCUGCAAGGAAAUCGAUAUGGGGAGGUACUUGUUUUUCCAACAAAUUAAAAAGACAGUAAAAAACGGAAAAAUAUACGAAAUUUACGUAUUGAUUAAAAAUAUUACGGCUUUCUUUUUUUCUGUGAACAAUAUUUAUACCGGCAAUUUUGCUCUGAUUUACAAUGAUAGCACUUUAUAAAAGGAAAUCUAACUGGGAAGGUAGGUACUUUAGGGAUGUCAUUUAUUGAUUUUCCUAGGAUUUUUUAAUAAAAUCAACUAAACGUCAUAGUACUGAGUAGUAUUUUUGGUGUAGUAAAUAUGUUUACUAAUCAGUAAUCCGGUCGAGUGCAACGUCUUUUUAGUCGUUUUGAUUAGGGAAUUUUUACAUGGGCUGCACCAUGCGCUCUGGAUGCAAAACCGGUUUAAACACUAUAGGAAAUACAACAAUUUCAUGGAUGUAUAAGUUAUUAAAUAAAUUAAUAAAUUAUUAUUAAUAAAUUUCAAAAUAUUAUAUAAAUUCAAUAUUUUUAAUUUACUACUGCAAAUUACAUACUUAUGCAUGCAGAAUUUAAAUAUAAUUAAACAUUUAAUAACAAUAUUAUCCUUAUUUUUAUUAUUAAUAAUAAUGAACGUAUACACCAAUUAAUUUUUUUUUUCAUAAUUACUUUUAUAAUAAAUAAUAUAUUAUUAUAUUGUUAUACUAUAUGGCUGUUCCACCCGGCUUCGCCUCGUUUCUUCUUAAGUUCACCUAAUAGGAAAUAAAUAUUAAUGUGUAAAAUACAGCCCCAUAAUAAAUAAUGUAGCUUUUUAUAAGGAAAAUAAGUUUUAAAAUCUGUUAGUUAUUUAGUUUAUCCCAAGAUAUAUCAGUUUUGCAAUGGCCAUUACAAACAAAUAUACAAAAAUUAAAUCUAUUCUCUUUAUAUUAUUUAUUUGAUAAUAUUGUACAGUUUAAUAAACAGUUUAUCUGAAAAAGUAUACUGUAUGUUGAUAAAUAAUAUAUGUAUAUAAAAGAAAAUGAAUAUGGGUAUACUCUACCUCUUUCAUUAACAAUAAGAAAAAAAUAGGUGGCGUACUUCGCACGAUAGAUGAGCCACUGUUAUAAGUGAGAAAUUGGGAAGGUAGGAUAUAGAAGAGAAUUUAAUAAAUGUUUGUAUGCAACAAUUAAUCAUUGCUAAUGAAAAACGAUUCUGAGUUGAUUUCGGUUGUACAUGUUUUAAAAGGCAGUAAUAUUUACAAUUUUCGUCAAAAUUUUAAAUUUAAAAUUAAAAUAAAAUAAAAUUUUAAUAAUUUCAAUUAAAUUUAAUUGAAUUUAAAAUAAAAAUACUACAUAAAACUCAACUUUUUCUUUUUUUGAAAUCUAUAGAUUGAAAAAAAAAAUCUUUAUUAUAUUAUAGAUUUUAUCUAUAAUCACCCCAAUGAUAAUAUAAAUGACGGAAAAGACUUGAUAAAAUAGGCAAAUAUCAUCAUAUUGUGUUUUGACCUUUUAUAUGAUUCUAGUUGUUUAGAAAAGUAUUAUUCUAUGCAGAAUAAAAUAACAAUAAUAAAAUAUUCAGUUGAAAAUUGUACCAUAACAUUUUGAAUGGACUCCAAAGAUUUAAAAACACAUUUAACAUACCGUGCAUGAACGUAUAAAAUUCACGAUUAAGAGAAACCGAAAUUGUAUGUUGAAAAUGCUAUAUCUGUACUCCGUGAUUUUCAUCCUAUUAUCACGAAACAACAUCUAAUUAAAAAAAAAUACAUCUAUAUAAUUUUGUAAAUUUUAGGGAUACCAUCAUUUAGUAAGUAUUAAUAUUAUGGCAAUAUAUUAAAGUAAUAUUUUUAAUCGUUUAUUCAUUAUUCUCCCUACAUAGACUCAAAUGUUAAAGAUAUAAAAACUUGGUGUAUUGAUCGUAAGUACAAAUAAUUAUAAAUGUGAUAAUAAUUUUACAUCUAGAUACCUCUAUAGGUGUAAUUACAUCAUAAUAGUGUAAUUUUGAAAAGUAAAUAUGUUAAUAUUAACUUUUUUGGAUAUUAUGUCCAAUAUGUCAAUAUUUGGUACACGUAUCAUGUUGCUGUUAUGCAAAUUUCUUUUGAUGUAUUUAGGACAGAGAUUUCCUUACCCUUGAUUAUUUUCGUACAUUUAUUAUUUAUAUCUUCUCCUUCGCCUUUAUCACAGCUAUUUGGGAUCGCCUAACUUAGUCCUAAACUUCCACUUGACCCGAUCGCCACAUUGUCCUCAAUGAAACAAUUUCCUUAAAAAUUCCAUGCUCCUUACGGUUAAACGUCUAAAACAUAUAAUAUUAUUUUCUUAUUUAUAUAUUAUUCCCAUAUUAUACCCUUAUUAUUGACAUAUACGUAUGUAUAUAUUUUUAUAAUUCCAUCCUAUUUUACCUAUCUUACUACUAUUAUUAGAAAGAAAAACACAUUUUUUUUUAUAUAGUAUUUAUAUAUAAAUAUUUUUUAUUUUUCGGUUAUCGCAUAAUUAAAGAUACAAUUUGUUAGUAUUACGUCUACCACAGGAUCGUGACAAUAUAUUAUGUCAUAGUCUCUUCUUCAUAUCAAGUCACUUAUUUCCUUUAGAUUUAAUAAUCUUCCCUUUUUACUUACUGUCCCUAUGUAUUUUGUAAAAAGGGUUUUGUCUUUACCGUUCUCUAUUAACUUUAGAUUAUAGUUUCACUGUACGCAAUUAGGUUUAGCAUUUUGUGUAUGUGUAUUGUGUACCCAUUUGUUUAUCCGUGUUAAUUUAGCAAGUUUUAUUUUUUUCUUACUAUAUUUUUAUAUUUAUAAAAAUAUAAAGAUCAACGAAAUCACCAGACUUUUCACUUUUAUUCCUCUAUAAUUUUCAUACUCUUGUACAUAUCCCUUCCCUUUAAAAAUAGGAGAAUGAUACAUCAGAGUACGAUUUCUGGUAAAAAAAUAUGCACAACAAAUCAAUGGAUAUUUUGCGAUUAAAAUAGUCCGAGCGAGUGAUCGCUUGAGUCUCUAUGUACAGCCAAAAUGAAUUUGUUUUUUCCAUGUUUGAGUAAAAGAGAACAAAUUGUAAAAAAUUCUGUUUGAGAUCCGGAUUUUGCAUACUUAAUACUUAUAUAUUUAUUAAUUUUCUCUGUACUUACGUAAUAAAUGUAACAAAUAGUGUAUUAAAUAAUUAUAAUUAUCUUAUUAUUAUUUUUUUUUUUUUUUAAGACUGUAUUGGUAAGGAUAAAAAUUGUAAUAAUUAAUCGAUAACUAUAACAUUCUCAUUAAUUUAAAAACUGUCUAAAAUCAUCUUGAGGCUAUGCAAACCAAAAACUUUAACGUUUUCCUAAUAAUCAAUUAGUCUAUUAGCAUCGUUAAUCAAGUAAUUUGAAAAGUCCUGCUCAAAAGAUUAUAAUCUAUAUUAAUAUAACGAAAUAUCAUUCCCAACUCUCAAUUUGAGUGUAGCACUUGGCACUCAACAAUAUAUCAUGCUUAAUAUCAUCCCCGUUUUAAAAAAGCACUGCUGUCCCGGAAUAAUUAUUACAUACCUUUGACCGAAUGUAGCAUAAAAGUUUGUUUUUCAAGAAUACUUAUCUGUCCCUUACUACUUUAAAAUCGCACUUUUGCAUAUACUAAUGCAUGUGAACGCGAACCUUGUAGAAUAAUUACUGACUUUGGUUAUCCAAAAACGUUACCACUAUAUCAUAUAAUCACUACAUUACCUACUUUAUAGAAAGAAACAUAACAUACAUAUUAUCAAAUAAAUUAUCUUAUAAGUUACAAUGCUAACAUACGCCAUUUAAUAGAAUUCAAUUAAAUUUAACCAAUUCAAAAACAUUUAACAAAAUAUGUUUUAUUUAUGAAAUAAUUAUAAUAAAAUAUUCAUUAAAUCUUUUAUAAACAAAAUACUUAUACUAACAAAACAUAUAAAAAUAUUAGUUAAUCAUAACUAUAUAUUUUAGCAACCUUCUUUUCCCUCUCUGAACAAUGUCAUUACAUUAUCUUUACCUUUAUCCUUAUUAUCCCAUUUAUUAUCUUUUGGUAACUUAUUACAAAAAUAAUCUUUAUCUAUAUUUCUUGGAUAUCUUAAUUGAUUUUUAUGAACUAUACUAAUUAAUACUCUAUUUUUACCAUUUAAAUUAAUUACAAACAAAUUUUUGAAAUACCGUUUCACUAUUUUUGUUGGUAACCAUUUAAAAUAAUCUUUAUAAUGAUUUUUAUACAACACUUUCUCAUUUUUUAUAAAAUAUAUUUUAUUGUUAUCAUCCUUAUAAUAUUCAUUAUUUUUUAGAUUAAAUCUUAAUUUGCUUUCAUUAUUUAUUGUAAUGUUACUUUUUGGAUUUAUUUAUGACAUAAUAGACCUUAACUUAUAUAAGAACAUAAUAUGGUAAGCUGGAGACUGAGCUGUGACUGUUGAAGAUGUAGUAUUAUAUACUGAUAUGAACCUUACUACUUUAUCCAUAAUAGACAAUUUUGUUAAUUCUCUAAGAUAUACUUUUAAAAAUACUUUUUAACAAUUUGAACCGCUCUCUCAGCCAAGUCGUUGGACUAAAUAUGAAAUGGAGAUGUUUUUGUUAUUUUAAUAUUACUUUGAUUUCCAUAGCUGUUAAAUAACUAUGAGCUUAAUGGAGGACCAUUGUCUAAUACUAUCUCUUCAGGUAACCCAAAAUAUGCAAAAACUUCUUGUAAUACCCUAAUUAACGAUUCAUAAUUUGUUUUUGUUAAUAGUUUCACUAUCAUAUAUUUACUUUACACAUCAAUUAUAACCAAAAACAUACUUUAAAACUGUUAUCAGUUCCGUAAACGUUUUUUUUACUGGAUCCUCCGGAAAUAUUAAUUUUUUUCGAAUAUCGAAUACGUCUUUUGACCAAUGAAUGUCAAUAAAAACGCAAUAUAUUUAUUUGGUUUAAUCUCGUUUGAAACUAAAUACUUUUCUAACUAUUCUACGUAUUCACAAAAAUCAUCAACGGGCAUUUACGACUCUACUUGCCCUAACAUUGUCACGUUAACUAUAACUAAUAAUCAAUAAUUUUAACUUAUUCACUAUUCACACGUGAUAUUUAUUAUUUUUGUCGCCAUUGCAUACAUAAUAAUUACUGAUUUUAUUUUAUAACUUAUCAAUAUUUUAGGUCAUACAAAAACAUUAUUACUUUAUUAUAUAAUCAAUAAAUUGUAGUUCAAUAUUGAGAAUAAAUAAAAUAAAAUCAAUAAAUUACCUCUCCAAUGUACUAAUUAGACAAUAAUUGAUCUGAGGGCUAUAUAAGUCUGGGACGUAUAAUCUUGAAAUGUAUUUCUUCGUAUAUAUUUCUUCGGAAUCUAAAAACUAAAAACCAUAUUUGUCUAGAAAGUAUUUCAAAAAUAUAAUAACCAUAUUUGUGCGGACUGUAUAUCGCUGACCAUAUCACCCAGAAUCUAAAAAAAAAACCGUAUUUGUCUGGAAUGUAAUUUAAUUUCAUACAGUUAUUAUUUUUUUGGAUUCAAGAAUUAUAUUUUCCGAAAAAAUACAGUUUCUAGUUUUCAGAUUCCGGAGAACUAAUUUGCGGGAUUUGUGCGUCCCGAGUAUUUAUUUCCCGAAAUAAUACAUUAAUACGGUACACAAUUGAUUCGACCUCAAUUCCUGAUGAACAUUUUUGAAAAAUUAUUUUCAAUUUUAAAAAAUAAUAUUUUUUUUUUUAUUUAAUCAGACAAUCUAGUGCAACAAGGACUAAUCAAAAGUAAGCAAAAAUAAGUAGGUGUAAUAUGUAAGUGUCGGGACAGUUAGUUUUUGUAUUUAUUGACAAAAAUGCACGUCCGUAGUCAUUUUUAAUAAAAUUGUUAACAAAUAUAAAUUAACUUAACAAUAUGUUGAAUGCGCUAAGUACAUAAAUGACAUAUAAAUAAUAAAUGCAUUAUUAGUGGGAAAGAAAGUGACAAAAGAAAUAACGAAAUGCAGAAGAAAAAUUUUAAAUGAAAAUUAUACAGAAAAAUUGCAUGAAGUUAUUGUGUCCCUAGGAAUUAAAGUUAUUUGGAAUGACAAAUAUAUAAAUAAUUAUAGUUACAGGUGUUAUUUAAGGAGUUUUUAAAGAAACCGAUUUAAGUACAUACAGUGUGUCCGCUGUACAGAGAUCUAUCAAAUAUUCUUUAAAUGAAGUCUUCAUUUAAUUUAAGAUGUAGGAAAUGUUCAAAAAAGAGUGGAUGUAAGUAUAGUCAUAGCACUAAUUAGGAAGUUUAAGAAUAAAAGCAGUGUAGGUUAAACAUUUGUUUUGCAUACUUUUAAGCCUUUACAGGAAAGGAUGACAGAUAGAAAAGUCAUAUUUUAAUAGAGCCCGGACCAUGAAAGUACAUGCGAAUUGGAGACAGUUGGAUGAGGAAAAAUUUUAUCUAUAGAGAACCUACCCAAUGAAUAUUAAAUAAAAACUCUCAAAAUUACUAUGUCUAUAAAUAGCUCAAAAUUCAUGUCAUGGCCUAUUAUUUUUUGGCUAUAUCCAACACUCAGUGCGUUAUUGAAAAAUACGCAGUUAACUAUUUUUCCCAUGGUAGAUAUGAUUUUUGGAAAUAAUUCCAAGGCUAUGGUUGAGUAUUUUUAAAACCUUUGGUUCCUCUUGAUAAAUAUCACCCUGCAGCUUUAAAUAUCUCAGUGUUCUUUAAUUUGCCAACUUCAAAUUUCAAACGAAUUCAUAAGUUCUUUGACUUCCGUAGGGUGGAUUACAAUCAUACCUGUAUAUUUAUUGGAUCGCAAGAUUGGUUGUCAACCUUCUCAGAUUUGGAUCUUUAGUCAGCGGUCAAUUAUUUUUAUGAUGCACUCAUAAACUCACUCACUUUAACUCAUUUUAUGAUUCCUCCAUACUUCAGUUUUUACCAGAGUAUGUUUUUUAUGUGUCAACUUUUCCUCCUUUGUUUACUGAUAAACUCAAAAAUUUAAUAUAUUUGAAAAAAGAAGCUAGUGGUAUUUUUAAAACCUCAUCAAGAAUUAUUGCCUUUUUUCCCAAUAGAGAACACAGUGUAUUUUCGAAACCAAGCAAUGCUAUUGCAAAUUUAUAGGGUAUGUUGAACUUUCGCUCACCAAGUCACUACGUAAUUUCUAGAAAUUUAAUAAGAAUGGUCGUAAUAUUUCUAUUCCUAAAAUCUUAUCAUUUAACUGUGAAACGUCAAUAAAUAUCGUAAUAGUAAUCAAUUAAUUAUCUUCGGUUUUUUCCUGUAAUCCUAUUUUGAAAUGCUCUUUUUUUGAAUUUACCUAAUAAUAUUUUUUUUAAUGUAAAUUACGUUCUUAUAAAACUAUUACACCUCUUUUUUCAAAAGUCAAUAGUUCCUUACGGUAUACCAGGUUAUUUCUUAUUUCAGUUACAUUUCGUUACUUCUUAUCUUUUAACGCUUGCAAUGAACGCAUUAGACAAAGGAAUUUGUUCAUUAAUAUUAAAACUAAAUUCAAUAAUGCCAAUCCCCCAAGUUUAAUGAUUUAGGUUUUAUUUCUAACUAUAGAUCAAUCUAAAUUUAAUCACAUAUCUCGAAAUUAUUUGAAUCCUUAAUUUUUGAUGGUUUCAGGCUCUCAGUUAAUACACUUAUGGGGAACAACAUGACUUUAAGAAAUAUUGUUCUACUGUAACUUAUAACUUGGUAUUUACUUAAUAUAUUUGCCAAGUUUUUAAGCAGAGUUCGCAGAUUGAGGUUAUGUACUUAUACUUCGCAAAUGCAUUUGACUCGGUCAAUCAUCCAAUGGUUAUCUAGAUAUUAGUGGGAUCGACGAACCGCUUCUCUCAUGAUUUAUAACUUAUCUAACCAAUCGGUUUCAGUCAUAUUUUCGGUCCUAUCAUGGUAUUUUUAGUAAACUGGUAAAGUAGAUUCCCCAACUUUCUCUAAUUGUUUUCAAAAUACGUUAAUACGCCACCUGUUCCAAAUUACCUUCUUACACUCCUAUUAGUACUACCAAUUAUUUUUAAAAGAUGAGCUUAUUAGACGUUUAUUAGCUAUUGGUAAUAUGGACCCUUCUUUUAUUGUUUAAUAUACACUUUUCAUAAAUAUUAAAUUAUUUAUUACUCCUUAGUAUGUUAUUCGUUCUACAUAUUCCUGUAUUUUUUUUGUAUUUAUAUCUGAAUUUGUUUAAGGUUAUAUCCUAUAUAGCUCAUAUAAAUUAAUAAAUAAAAAAACCUCGUGUUUAAUUUUCAGCCAUUUCUUUUUGGUCAAAUAAUUUUAUCCACCUAAUACCUACCAAAUAAAAAUAAAAAUUUAUUAUUUUCAAUUUUGUUUUUUUAGUUAUCAUUCGGUUAAUGAUAAUUGUACAAGCUGAAAUUUUCAUAGAAUACUUAUAGUGGCAUUUUUUAGAUAUGGUAAAAUGUUUAAAAUAUUUUGGUAAUUUAUGAGCUAUUUAUACUUUAUAGACAUUUAAAUUUGUUGAGUUUAUUUAGUUUUUAUUUGGUAGGUAUAAUGUUUAUAAAACUUUUUAAUAAAAGAGAUAUAAAUAAUACUUAAUUGUCGAAAAGAAAAAAUGUUGAGCAUAAUGCAAUAGUUUUUUUUUUAUAAUCGUUUUAAGAUCAAAUUUUGAAGAAAAUCAAAAAAUGUAUGGUAUUUCAAAACAUGUGAACUUCACUCACGAUCGACUUUUAUUUGCAAUGAUAUAUCGUUAUGCACACAAAUAUAAAUUGAAUAGCAUUAUAUAUCCUACUUUUCUAACUUCCAACCUACAAUCCCCACAGUAGGUCACCCAUCCGCAAUAUUAACGAUUUUUUUUUUUUUUAGUAAUAACUCUACUUCUGCUAUUUACUUUUCUUCUUUACUAGUUAGAAAAUUUGACUAUUUAUAAUUAUUAAAAUUGUUAUUUUAAAAGGGGAUCAAGAUAAUCACACCAUUUCUCUGGAAAUAAAAGGUAAGGUUCAUAAAUACGAUAUACCUAUAACAAUGUUUUCAAUUUUACAAACAUUUGUUUUAUAUGGUUGUAUACAGUUAAUUCUCAAUACAUAUUUCUUCAACUCAAUAUUUUUGAUGAUUAUUUUUUUAUUCAACACUUUUGCAAAAAAAUAACAUUAGAUAUCUUAGAUCGUAAAAAGUUAAUUUUAAAAAUAUUGAUAGUAAUAAUAAUAAAUUUCACCAAAUAACAACAACAAGCAACAAAGAUCAAACUCAUAAAACAAAAUUAUUAGUCUAUUCACUAUAGCCAAUGGCUGUACUGUGGGUAGGAAAAUGUUAAUAUUUAACAAAAAAAAUGAUUAUUUGUGAUAAAGCACUGUCAACCACCAUUAGGUUACUUGAAAUUAUCUGAUUUGGUUUAGGUACUUACAAUUGAUUACACUAAUAAAAAUAAAUUAUGAAUACUCAAGUAAAUUCUACUUAAGAGUUUUCGAACAAACCCAAUAACUGUAGAUUUGUAAACCGGCAUCAAUAAACGUUAACUAAUAAAUUAUAAUACCGCCUUCGAUAAUGUUGCCUACUGCAACAGUUUUUAAUUCUAUUUCCAUCGGAAAGUAUUUUAUAAUUAUUUUGUGGCCAUUAUGUUAUAAUAUUUUAUUUUCGUGGUUUUAUACACUUUUACUUUUUUUGAUAUGUUUAGAAGAUAAAGCUCAUUUAUUGUAUGGUAAGUUUAUUAAUAAAAAUAAAAAUCAGCAUACAAACCUUAAUGAUUAAGAAAACAAUUAAAAUGAAUAACAUGAUUUAAAAUUAAAAUCUCAGAAGAGUCAGUUUAGUAACAAAUCGAGCAGCUGUUCACUAAUCAGCCAAUCUAUCAGAAAUCUACGACCAAGAGUCCAUUGGACGACAUUACAUAGCCAAUGGCUAUCUUGAAAAUCGACGGCUUCUUCUAAAUCAUUUAUACAAAAUAUUCAGUGUAAAACCAUUAAGUAGAUAAACAAACUAAUACAGUUUUCAAUUGAAAUUUAUCAACAAAUGUUUAAUUAAGACCACUCAGAAUCAUUUUUCUUUCACAAUGAUUUAUCAUUACAUUCGUUAUUUAAUAUAAAUCACUCUAUUUAUUCGAACUUUUCAAGUUCCCAUAUAUUUGAACAGAAGAUUCAAUAUUUAAAGGUAUUAUUAUUAUUGUAUUUUAUGUUAAAAAUUCAAGUUUUCUAAAAAUAUCUACCGCUUCAAAGUCUUCACAAUCAAUACCUAUGUAGUAAACAAAUAUACAAUUAAAGAAUCUUUUAUCUAAAUCUAAAUAUGAUAUUCCUAAAUUCUAUAUAAUUAUCCCACUUUGGGAUCAUUUGUACAUUGGUGUUGAUUCACUAUACUUUUGUUUUUCCUAAAACAAUCAAGCAAGUCUAUAUUCUGGUUUAAUUUUUUAGGGUGUGCAAAAACAUUAAUUGAUGAAUUAAAAAAAAAAAAAAAAAAAUGUAUGUAUAAUAUAUUUGUAAACGAAAUGAUCAUAUUAUAAAUUGUAUUAAUUAAGAUUACAUUUUCGGUGAUAACUGGUAACUAGGGCUGUGAAUUUAUAGGAAAGUGCUUUUUUAUUUUUUUUUUUUUUUUGGUGGUUGAUAAACGUAGCUUUGUAAGUACAUAAUUUGAAUUGUGUAAAACAAUAAUCCAUUUAUGGAACUUUUAUUUUUCAUUGUUUUGUAUUUUUCGACGCUUUUAAUUUUUUUGGCCAUUUUUUUUUUUUUGCUUUUUAAGGUCAUAUUUUGUUCAUUUUCCUGUAUUUUUAACUAAAUUCCGUCAAUAAUAAUAUUUAAAAACUUUUAUUUUACACAGGCUGUAUAUACGUCAAAUUUAUAUUUUAUACAAGCUGUGUACGGGGUAGGUAAAGAUAAAAAUUUGAUAAAAUAAGGCAAUUGCUAGAUAAGUUAUUUGUGGCAUAUCAGUAUAUUGGUCAUGAAUUUUCAGUCACGAAUUAGUCAAAAUUAAAUUCAAUCAACAUUAUUAUAAUUAUUUUUUUUAAGUAAAUAAAUUUGUAUGCAUAUAAUAUUUGCAUUCUAAUAUCAAUAUAAAUAUAUUAAAAUUAAAUUAAAAACCAUUUUAUGUGUAUUUUAAACUACAAUUGUUGUCAUUUUAAUGCAUUUUUUUUAUUACAUUUUUGUACAUUUUAAAUGCAUUUUUUAAGGUUUUUAGUGCAUUUAAUUCACAGCCCUAGUAAUAACUAAUAAUAUUAUGUGCAUGGAAAUAGAUAUUUUCGAUUUAAAUUUAAAUUUCGCUUAUCGAUAUUAGUUUUACUGAUUUAAUUAUAAAUUUCGAUGUUUUUUAAAAAAAUUUUAACAAUUUUUAUCAAUAUUCGAAAUCGAUUUCAAGACCUGCAUAAAUUAAUUUUUAAAAAUGACCAUUAUAAAAAAUUCUAAUUUAGUUUUAAAUUUUGUAUACAGCCUAUAGUAAGUAAUUCUACGAAAAAUUAUAUCAAUUUACAAAUGAAUCUUAAGAAAAUAUUAAUUAAUGUCUCACUAAAAAAAAAUGUUUUAAUUAUUGAUUUUUUUUUAAAUCUAGAAAAUGAAUGUUUUGAUGCGAACAUAUUGUGCCCUAUUUAUUGUAUAUAAAUACAAAUAAGUAACAACCAAUUGCAUUUUAAUUAUAUGUAAAUUAAUUAAUUUGUACACAUGGAUCUAAAUUUAAUUAAUAGUAAAUACUUAAUAUCGACUUAUGUCAUACAAUUUUUUGAAAUUCAAAUUUAUUAAUUUUGAACUGAUAUAAAUAGUUGAAUUUCUAGAUGAUUGUUUUAGUUAAAGCACCCGGUGCCAAUGUCAUUUUCCCCACACAAAUACACUCUACGAGAAUAAUGACACUGUUCAGUACAAUAAACUAAAUUUAUUUAUUUUUUUUUAAUUUUUAGAGGAAAACAUUUUACAGACCGCACUGAACUCCAUUUUUAAUAGGUAUUUUAUUCUCAACAUAUUUUAUAAUGAGUUAAAAAAAAAAAAUUUAAACUUUUUAUUAACAAUUUUGUUUUUUUCAUUAUUUGAAAUCAGAAUUAAAAAAUCGAAGUUUAAUGCGGCCCCUAGAAUGUUGUUAUUUUCAUUAAAAAAAAUAUUUAUGAAAAUAUUAAAUUGACGAGUUUUAAAAAAAAAUUCGUUUUCAAAAUUUCAGAAAAUUUAAAAAACUGGCACCGGGUACCUUAAUAUUUUACAUAGUUUGAUUAAAUGAUUUAAAAAUGUAUACAACUAAUAAAAAAUGACUAUAAAUUAUUGAUUAAUUUUAUUUAAUGAAUAUUAUCGAUUAUCAUUAAAUAAUAUUGAAACGCUCAUUUUUUUCUGUAUUGUAUUAAAAUUAAAAUUGUAUAUAAAUUCAGAUUUUUUUUAUUAAUUAAUUAUAUACUAACAAAUAUGAUUGCAUAAUACCAUAUUAAAGCCUUUAUUUGCAUUUUUCCCCCUUUUAUCUAAAGAAGAAAAAAACAAAUGCAUUUUGGAUGUACCUAGAGACCAAGCCAUCGCUUGCUCGGAUUGUUUAACCGCAAAAUACUGUAGUAAUUUAACAAAAGGAAAUAAGAGGGAAAAUAAUAUGAUGCUAUAAAUAAUAUGAUAUAAGAUAAACGUGGUGUUUUACUUUGAUACCUAUAUUAAAUCUGGUAUUUGAAUCACUACCUUCAUCCUACUGUUCACAGGGCUUCGGAGUCUUGAGUCCAAAAAUAAUGACGAUACCAAAAAAUAUAAAGUAUAAUUGUUUUACCUGCCAAUAGUGUUAAAAUACUAGAGUUAUCAAUUGUAGGUAUACUCACUUGGUGCUAGAAUUGUAAGAGGGCAGUGAUAACUCAAUCAAAAUAAUCUAAAUUAAUUUUAAUACUUAGAAACUGCGUGCACUCAAAUAAUAAAUGCUAUUGCAUACUUUUUUUAUGAAAAUAUUUAUACUUCAUAUAUGGCUUUUUUACAAACUGAACUUGUUCAUAAGAACUACCAUAACUACUGGAUGAAUUUAAAAGAACAAAAUACAUAAAAUGGACCUUGUAUAUUUGAGAAUAAGAUAACCAUUGUGAAUAUGUACUGGUUUCCAGAUAUUGGUUAAAAGUUCAUGUUUUCAUUUUUCAUCAAUAAUAGUGUACAUAGAAGAUUAACAAAGUUAACAAUAUCUAGCCAAUUAAAACUAUCAUUACAAAAAUUACUAGAAUUUAAAUUAAAUAACAUUGAUGAAGAUAGUGCCGAUGGUAAUUCUGUAACUGGUUGUUCUUAA